AUGGCAAAUCGCGGGUGCUCUCUUCUUGUGCGCAACUUGCGCUAUGAAACAACUCCUGAAAAGGUUCGAGAAAUAUUCGAAAGGAUGGGGCGUGUCAAGGAUGUCUAUUUGCCCAUCGACCACACCACCAGGGAACCACGGGGAUUCGGUUUCGUAGAGUAUUUCGAUGAGAAGGAUGCUCAGAAUGCUGUACGCGAGUUCGACAGAUUUUUACUUGAUGGAAAUGAAAUUUCAGUGAUUAUUGCACAAGACAGGCGAAAAUCUCCCCACACGAUGCGGAGGAUCCUGGCUGAGCGUCAGAAUGGGAGAUACCAGAGAGGCAGUCCUCGCGAGGGGCAUGGGGGUGGCCGUUACGAGGGCCGCGCUGGGCGCUACGAGAGGGACCAAGGGGGCUACGACGGCAGCUAUAAAGGCGGCGGGGAGGCAUACGGAAGGCGCGGACGCGAUGGCUACGACGAGGGCUACGGGGGUCACGAUGACUAUCGGCGAGACUACAGAGGACGACCGGAGGACGAUUAUCGCCCCCGUGGUGGGCGUAGCAGAAGCAGAUCGAGGCCCCACGAUGGCUACCGCGGAGACCGCCACCGCUACCCGCCAGGCUCAGCUCGCAGUGAGAAAAGAUUUAAAAAGGUAAAGCGCAAAGGCAGACAAAGGGAGCGUCAAGUCCCCGAAGAAAUGAACUGUUGGGAUGCGUUUGUGCGGAUGAUGAUGAUGGUGGUCAGUGCGUGCUUGUCAUGGGAUGGAGGACGUCGCGGACGCUAUUACGAGAGAGACAGGGACGACGACUAUGCAACUCGGCCUCCUUCGGAUUCACGUUAG